UACAACCAUGGGGACUCUGAAAAUAUUUGCCAGAGCUUUUGUAGUAGUGUUUGCUCUCAACUUUUUUCUGUGUUCUGGUCAACAUGACGAUGACAAAAUAAAAGCUCAAGACAUACACAAAAGAGAGGACACGAUUAACAAGUCAAAAUGUGCCAACAUGAACAAUGGCGUUUUAGUGGACAUGACAAAGGCUGGAAUAGAUGUCAGCAGAACCUUGUGUGAUACCGAGACUGACGUUGUAGGAUGGAUUGUCAUUCAGAGACGUAUCAAAGGUGAUGUGAACUUUACUAGAAAUUGGAACGAUUAUAAAAACGGAUUUGGCUCAAAUUCUGGAGACUUCUGGAUAGGGAAUGACGUCAUUCAUCAGCUAACAAAUUUAGGUUAUAAUGAACUCAGAUUUGACAUGAAGUAUAAAGAUAAAGACUACUACGCUGUGUACAGAGGUUUUAAGGUAGGAAAUGAAGCCGCAAAGUAUAAGAUGAGCCUCACGUCAUUCAGUGGUGGGAAUGCUAAAGACGAUUUUAAUUAUCACAAAGACUUGAAGUUUACAACCAUUGACUCUGAUAACGAUGCAGACAAUGGAAACUGUGCUGUAGAGAGGAGAGGUGGUUGGUGGUAUUAUCAUUGUCACACUGUUAACGUCAACGGUGAAUGGGCGAGUCGUGCUGAAUGUAAAGGAAUUUAUUGGAGUAGGAUUACAACUUUGUCUGACUCUCUAGAUUUUGUUGAGAUGAAACUUCGUCGAAUGUAA